AUGGGGCCCCUGGCAGCACUGGUCGUUCUGCUCUGCAUCUCCACUCCAGCCAGAGCAGCUGAGGGAUGCAGUGGUUUUAGACACCUGGAGAACGGGAGGACGUUUUUCCGUUACAGUGGACUGUUGGUGAUCUUCCGCUGUCAUCCUGGCUUCAAGCUCAGCGGGUACAAAACCAACAGCUGUGUGUCUGGACAGUGGUCCCGGGACCCGCCGGUCUGCGUCGGCUCCGGCUGCUCCAACCCGGGGCCGCUGACCCACGGCACGAGCAGCAUGAAUGAGGAUGGCUCCUGGGCAGCAUUCAGCUGUAACAGUGGCUUUCGCCUACACGGGCCCUCAAUGUUAUACUGUAAGGGCCACAGCUGGAAUAGCACAAAGCCUGUAUGCAAAGAGUUCGACAUGAUGACUUCAGUUUCAGGUGUCAGUGUCCAAAAGGCAAACACCAACCAGAACCUUCCGGCUGCCGCAGUCCCGAAGACCCAGCAGCAAUCCCACUACGACACCGUGGCUAACACACCCUCCAAGGAAGCCCGCCUCAAAUUUGGCUCGUUGUCUGGUAUGCCGUCACAAAUGUCCAACAGUGAGACGAAUAAAGUGACAGACCCAAAAGUCCAGCUGCAGCAGCGGCACAUUGAGUUUCCCGGCUUUAAGGUCAAAGGUGGGGAACGAGAGGCUCCUCGUGAGGCUCGACCUCUGGGGGCAAAUGAAGCCCAAGGACUGGGAACGGGAACAGGGAGGCACGGCACCGAGGCAAAAGCUUCAGACAGGAAAUCACAGAAGGUGGACAAAGAUACAGAAAGUUUUGCCUCUGCAUUACAUCUGUUUACUGCGAUCUCCUCCACCUCGUCGUUAGUGUCAGCAACAGGGCGACCAGUAUCUUCCCCUCCGUCAUUUCCAACAUGGCAAACAACGGCAAUCAUUAAGCAUGCUUUCCCAACCGAGGUCAGAUUCGGACAACCUGUCCCAAUCCAGGACUAUGUGACUCCCUCUGGGGUGCUGACAGGCACUUCAAAGACUGCAGAUGAAGACCGCCGGGCUGCAACUGGCGUCCAGUAUCCUUCUGCGUCUCAAACUAACAGUUCUUCCCCCACUUCCUCUCCUGCUUCGUCUGCACCCUCUUCAUCAUCGCCCCCUCCCUCCUGGUCUGCCUCGACGUCCUCACGUCCCAUCUCCACCACCCAGUCCAAUAUGCCAACGCCGGAUGUCGCCCUUCCAUCAAACACCUCCGUCACCAGAGGGGCAAGUCCUCACCGGGCUGACGACGUCACGACGAACACCGCCUCCGCACCGCCGCCGCUGUUUCCGCGCCUCAGCAGACGACCUGUGUGCCCGUAUCCACCCGUGCCCGUUGGCGGGACCUUCUUCUUCUUCCGUAAUGUAGAGAAUCCCGGUCCCAGAGCGUACAGACAUUACAUACAGUACACCUGCUACCCUGGUUACACCCUGGCUCGUGGAGACGUACACAGCUACUGCCAACAGGGGGGCACCUGGAGCGGAGUCACGCCCGUUUGUCUGGAGUUGACACCAUGCUCAGUGAACAGCGGAGGCUGUUCCCAGCUGUGCUCUCACUCCCAACACUACAACCAGAGCUCCGACCGGACCCAGAUCGGAACUCGGUGCCACUGCAGACCUGGGUUCACUCUGCUGGAUGACGGGCAAACGUGUCGAGAUAUAGAUGAGUGUGCAGUUAAUCGGGGGCAUGGGCCGUGUAUGGAGCGGUGCCACAACUCACCAGGAUCCUACCGCUGCUCCUGCACAUAUGGACACAUCUUAGCCGGGGAUGGACACAGCUGCAUCCCCGAGUGUCCACCUGGAUACAGGAAGCAACCAACAACACCCGAGAAUUCAACCGCAGAAGCUCUUAAGGAAGAGUGUGUAGACAUAAAUGAGUGCCAGGGGGAGAGUGUGUGUGAGUGGCAGUGUGUCAACUUGCCAGGAUCUCACCGCUGCAUCUGCCCCAGAGGAUACACACUCCAAAGAGACGGGCAACGCUGCAAGGACAUUAAUGAGUGCAGCCGGAAGAAAGGAGGUUGUUCCCACCUGUGUGUGAACGUAAAAGGUGGAUAUAAAUGUGCCUGCCCGGCCUCCCAUCGCCUCUCCCCUUACAGCUGGAAGAAAUGUGUCCCGAGGAAAACAGCGCACCCUGCUGGCUGAGCUGGAAAGCGCAGAAGAUGUAAGAGUCUUUUCUUCUUCGCACAGACUGUGAUGAUCAAGUAGUUUAAGAGGGGAAAUGUUACAGUUCAACCAGACAUUAGACUUGAAUGUGUAUGUAGCAUUGUAAAACCCAAUGUAAAAAAAGUGCAUAUAAAGAUAUCAUUUUUCAAUAUAGUACUCUUUCUUAUUCUGUUUUUCCUUAUAUAAGAUCCAUAGUAGAUAACAAACCUGUAAGGAUUAGUUUCUGAAUGACUUUAAUAUUGUAUGAACAUGAAAAUGUCAUAAUAAACACCUUGCUGAUAGAAAUGAAGGGCAACGACAUUGUUAAAAUAGAUGAACAGAUCUCUCAAUGUUAAAUAGUUUACUUGCAUAAUGUCUUAUAAUAGUAAA